UGGACAGGGGUGGACUGACAACUCAUGGGCCCCCGGGCAAUAGGGGAUCAUGGGGCCCCUGUGUCCUUGCCCAAACUCAAAAAAGCCUAUGAAAAAGGUACCAGGGGCAUCUCAUGGGGCCCCCUACUGACUCCGGGCCCUCGGGCAGUGCCCGAGUUUCCAAAUGGUCAGUCCGCUCCUGGAUGUGGAUGAGCAACAAGCAAGCAAGACUUUCCACCUUGAAGAACUAUACCCUUCUCUGAUCUUUUCGGCAGGGCAAGGUUGUUUAUCAAGAGAGUUGAGGUGCAGAUAAUUUUUUUUAUUUUAUCUGGACAG